AUGGAUCUUCGGGCCGCUGCUUCGGCGUGGGACGAUCCUCGGGCGCCAUUGCAGCAUUCCACCCUCAACCUCCUUGUGUGGGCCCGGGAUGUUCUGGGCCGUCUUUAUCAGGCGUCUCCGGAAUGGUGUCAACUUCGAUGGGGAACACGGGUGAUAUCCUUUGUGCUGUCAGUAUGCCGGCUAUGCCAGCGACGGCACUCGUGGGCAAAACUGCAUGUGAGGCGGAAGUGGAUUGCGCCAAAAUGGGGUCGCCCCAAAUUGGAGCAUAAAGAAUACCGUGGUGAAAGACGGACGAGAGACUUAGACGACCGCUUUUGA